CAAAGAGUCUGCGCAUGCGCGCGCACCCACGACAGGCCGUGUUGUGUGUCUCUAUGGCAACACCUGUUACAUGCUACUUUGAGGCUGAGGCCAGCAGAGGAUUAGAGCUGCUCUCUAAUGUACAGGUGCGCGUAGAGACCAGCUCUCUAGAAUAUAUAGGGCGGCUAAUGAAUUACCAUUCAUUAUUUUUGCACUCAACGCGAGGCAACACCAUACAGAAGUUUUGAAGUGAGAAAGCGAAGAGAGCAUGAGUGUUUCUGCGGUCAAAAACACUCCGGAUGAGUAUGAGGAUGACUUUGAGAAAGACCUGGACUGGCUUAUCAGCGAGGAGAGCAAGAGUGAGGAACAGGAUCCUGAUGAUGAUGACAUUGAAGCUCAGAUCGACAAAGAGCUUGAAGAAGAUGAACCUAAAGAAAGAAAGGAUGUGGACAAACACAGGGAAAUGGAUGAUGACGAAGCAGAUGAAAGGUGGCCAACACCUAUGGAGCCAUUAGAAGGUGCGUUAGAUCCCGACAGGGAUGACCGUAUAACCUCUCCACAUUUACAGAGCGACGAAGACCUCGAUGAAGAGAAGAAAUACAUUUUGGAAAAGAUUCAAGAGGCUAACAAACAACUCCAGGACCAGGAUCCUCCAGACCAGAGCCGCCGCAGACGCCUGCAGUUUAAAGACACUCUGGUUGACCUGGUGGUGCCUGCGCUGGAUUUCGACACUCAAGAGAGCAACAGCGCCUCCUAUGAGCACUUAGAGGAAGAUCGAGAGGUGUCCGGACAAAUGCAGAGACUGAAGAUCUCUCAGAGAGAGGGAAGAGACAUAGGAGACCCUGAGGAUGAACACAACGAGGGAGCGAAAGAAGGACGGAUUUUGGUUGAAAAAGAUGGAAAGUUUGAUCUGGUGAGUAUAAAGGAGAUGGAAAGUCAAGGAUUGCUUCCUCCAUUGCCGGUUUCUCACAGCGACAGUCAGCGAGCGUCUUCACGGCAAAAUGAGCUUGAUCUCCAUCUCAGUAAGAGUCCUGUGUCCUCUCUGAGACAGAAUUCUACCUCAUCUUUUCCCCCUGGAAUUGAGUCUUUGUACAUCCCCAAACCUCCACCGAAGCACAGAAAUAGACCCAGUUCUGCCAGACUGUCCCAAAGGGGAGCAUGGGUCGAGGGCACCAAGCGCAGGGUCCAGUCUGCAAAUGGAGCUUCUUCACAUGCCACCUUCACCCUGUCACCACAGCAGAAAGAAUUACUGUCCAAACUUCAGCAGCGGAGGGAGAGGCAAUCCAUAGAGACUUCUCCCUCCUCUUUCCUUCUUCAGGAUGAGUUGAAGAAAAAAGAGGAAGAGGAACAGAGACGUCAGGCAAACGAGAUAGCCUUCCAAUCGUGGCUUUUGAGGAAAAGAGAGCAGCUGCUGGACGAAAGGAGAGUUCAGAAAGCCCAGGAAAUGGAAAGGAUGAGCUGCAUGAGGGAUUGUGGUGACCCAGAGGAGGCCUUUAAACAGUGGCUCCAGAAGAAACAGGAACAGCAGUUCAAAGACAAACAGGUAGAAGAGAUGAAGAGACUGGAAAAGGAGAGCGGCUUUUGCCUGCACAGCCGAGAAGAGAGUGAGAAGGCCUUCAGGCAAUGGUUGAGACGAAAGCGUACAGAGAAAAGAGCAGAACAGCAGGCAGCUCGAGAGCGCUCACGCAGGCUCGUGCUGGAGGAGCGAAGAGCAAGACGCAUGCAUGACCUCGUCUGCACUGUCAAUGAGAUUAAACCCUUUCGAUUCAGUGACCCCUGUGGAUACCACUACUGAUCACCUCGUACUGUACACAUCUGACCAUUGUUAUAACCUGAAUCUGAUGUAGCUCCAAUUCAGCAAUCGCUGUGGUUACUGCAGAGGCACCCAUUCAACUGUAUCUAUGGUUACCUUUCUAUUGAACAUCUCAAAGAUGUCUCAUCUCCCUUAUACAGUGGAUGAAAGAUCAUGUGGUUAGCAACACAAACAGGAGCUCUCUUUUAUUAAUUUUCUAUUCAUGCUUUUUCAGAUCAAACAGGUGCUCGAGUGGAUGUCCGUGAUCCAACAGCCUUAGGCACUUCAAAUAAUUGCUAAACAAAGGUGGUUUAAUGGAGUUUUACAUAAAUGCUGAAUCAUCAGAUAUUGUCAUUUUUUGUUUAGCUGGCUAUCCUGUAGAUUUGCCCUGUGUCUGCUGCAGAACAGCAGGAACAAUAGAAAUGCAGCAGCACAGACCCAAAGCUUCAGUGAUCUAGGGGUGGUUGGCAUGAAAUUCACUGCAAAGUAAAAUGCUGUACUCCAUUCUAAACUGCAUUUCUUUUAUAAUUAUUAUGCAUGCAGAUUUGAUGAUCUCAUAUUAACUGAAAGACCUUAUGGAUUUGUACUUAA